AUGCAGUCUUUGCCACCUUAUCCGUAUACCAACUAUCCAGAGCAUAAUCCAGGUCAUUUGAGUCCCCAGGCGACAUACCCCAUGCCUUCGGAACCACCAGAGAACAUGCAGACUCCAGUGUCGCCGGUGAGCGCGCAGUCUCCUCACGAUCCAACGAUGGCCGACCAGCAACUACAUGUAUCGCGCAAGCGGUCGCAUUCAGAAAUGUCGCAAUCGGACACUUUGACGAACGCCAUACUACAACAAUCGCAACCGCAGACACAGACGCAGACGCAACCGCAUAGUCGAUCUGGAUCGGUUGCUUCUCAACUAGGCGCAUCGCCAAAUGGAGCCAACGAGGAUUUCGCGCCUCGAGGCUCGCGCGCUUUCAAGCGAGGCGAUCCGCCCAUGAAUGACCAAAAGAAAUACAUCUGCAAUUUCGCGGAGGAAUGCGCCGGGCAGACCUUCGACCGGAAAUGCGAAUGGAGUAAGCACAUGGACAAGCACGACAGACCGUAUCGCUGUGGACACGCAUCAUGUGCCAAACUUCAAGGAUUCACGUAUAGCGGUGGCCUUCUUCGUCACGAGCGUGAAGUCCAUGGGAAACAUGGAGGACCGAAAGCUGCAUUGAUGUGUCCGGUACGAGAUUGCAAGCGUCACUCAGGGAAAGGCUUCACGCGGAAGGAGAACCUCAACGAGCAUAUGCGUCGCGUACAUCCUGAUGUGGAUGCAGCCUCGCAACCUUCGCAGCCCAUGCUACUCAAACGGGACGCCACAGAUAUCACAAUAGGCACUGAAGACGGCGACACGCCUGCCUCGAUAGGCGGCAUAUCGGAGACGAUUGACCAACAACAGGACCACUACGCGGCGCCUCCUGCCGCGAGUAAUAAACGGAAGCGGUCACUGGCUGGGGAAUUUCAAAUCGACUUCACACCAGAUCACGAGCUUGAGCUCAAACGGCUUCGCCAGCUCGUUCAAGAUCAAGAAGAACGGAUAAGACUGGGCGACGAGCGCAUAAAGCUACAGGACGCCAACGCUAUUCACUACGAGAACAGGAUUCAGGAACUGGAGGGACAGGCCGCAGACCAGGCGGAAAGGAUCUCAAGGAUGGAGUCAGAACUUGCCGAGGCGAACAUUAGAAGUCAGCUGGCCAGCGCGAAUAGUGCGGUGCAGUAG